CACUACAUAUUGAUCAAUUAUUUUAUCCAAAUGACAAUGACUUGAAACUCACCAUAAAUGUAAACACAGUAACCUCUGAGCGUGCAAAACCGGAGAACCAAACCGGUCGAACCGAACUGGUCCGACCCGAACCAGCCCAUGGCUGACCUAAAUUUUUUUUUUUUUUCCCUGUAAAAAGAGCUCUUGCUCUUUGUUUUGAGGGGCGGCAGCCACAUCUUAUCCGCUCUCCACUUCCUCUUUCCUGAUUCACAGAGCAAAAAGCUGGCAAAAACAGAAUUGAUCUUCUUCUUUUCAUCCUCUAAUACGAGAAAACCCAGCCACUUUCUUCUUCCUCUUUUCUUUCGUUUUUGCUUACAACACAGACAGAUUGAGAGAUAGAACUGAAACACAAGACUCUUUUCUUUCCUUUUUCCAACAGAGAGAGACUGACGGGGAUAGCAAUAGGGGAAAACAUACGAAAUAGGGAUUUCAUCUUUCUUUGCUUCUGGUACAAAAAGCAUGCGCAGAAGGAAGUUGACAGAAGCAGACGGCAAGAGAGAAGUUAAAAGCCAUCAACAACAGACCACUCGUCAUAAAAACCAGGCGAGCUUUAUUUUCUACUCUAAACAUCCAUUCCAUUCAUACUUAUGUCAUAUACCCAUCUCAUUUUCAAUCCUCUGUUUUAAAGUGUUUAUUUUAGGAUCCAUAGCUCAUAUGCCCAUAGACAUGGCUAAAGCUGUGGAUUAUGUUCUUUUCCUUCUUAAUCUUUUACCCUUUUUAUGUAUUUUUUUCUUUAAGCUGACUUCAGCAACUCUCUAUCAAGAUUAUCUAACCAACCUAAUCAGUUUCCAUCUUACACAUACGCCAUAUACUUCAUUACCACAAACCAUUACCAUAAACUGAUUUUCAGUAUUCAAACUAAUCUCAAAGUCCAGGACAUUCAGACCCACACAAUGAAAACACAAUACAAGACUUCUUAAUCACAAGCAAUAUCAUGUAACUUCUAUAGGAAUAAACCUCAUUUUCAAAUCUUGAAGCAGGACCCCUAAGUAUAAAAUCUUGAUCAAAAUCUCAAGAAUAAAUGACCACUACAUAUUGAUCAAUUAUUUUAUCCAAAUGACAAUGACUUGAAACUCACAAUAAAUGUAAACACAGUAACCCCAAGCGUGCAAAACCGAAUAUAAUGUAAUUAGGUGCAAUAGGACAACUUAGACGUCCAAUAAGAAAUCGACAACCUUUUGGUGGAUAUAAACAAGUAGUUUUUCUGCCGGCCGAUGCCAACAAAAAAUGAUUGUUAACAUCUUAACGAUAACCAGACAAAAGAUGCUCAGUCACCUUUCCACACUAUUUUCGACUCGUUGCUCACUUUCUUCCUUCCUAAAUCGUCACUCACACCAGCCGAACUCUUCUAUAUCAGAAAUCCAUCAGCUUCAACCUUCUUCCUAUCAUCUUCUUUCUGGCAAAUCUCCUCUGAUUUUUCCUAUCCAUGGCGUCGUUUUCUCUUGCCUCCAAGCUCCCCUUACUUCGCUCCGACCAUCCGGACGGCUUACUCGGAAGUCGGCCGUUUUCUGCUGCUGCGAAAGCAGUUUAUAGUGGUCCUUCUUCCAAGUUCUUCAACUUGAACUGCGAGGUCAACUUUGAUUCUUUCACAUCUUACUGCAACACGCGAUUCCCCGCGAGCAAUGUUCCACGCGCCACCGCAGAGAUAGUGGUGGAUAGCGCGACAGAAAAGGGGGAAGGGAGUGGGGGGAGGGUUCUCAGAGUUGGACUGGUAUGCGGCGGUCCAUCUGCAGAGCGUGGGAUUUCUCUCAACUCUGUUAGAUCAGUUCUUGAUCACAUACAGGGAGAUGAUCUGCAAGUGAAUUGCUACUACAUUGACUGUGACCUCAAUGCGUUUGCUAUAGCCCCUGCCCAGGUAUACUCAAACACACCAGCCGAUUUCGACUUUAAGCUUGAAAGCCUUGCCCAGCGUUUUCCGUCUCUGUCUGAAUUCGCAGAGCACCUUGCUGCAUCUGUUGACAUAGUAUUCCCAGUUAUUCAUGGUCAGUUUGGCGAAGAUGGUGGCAUACAGGAAUUGCUGGAGAAAUACAAUAUUCCUUUUGUUGGCACAGGAUCAAGUGAGUGCCGUCGUGCAUUCGACAAGUAUGAAGCCUCCUUGGAACUCAGAAAACAAGGGUUUGUUACGGUACCAAACAUUUUAGUUCAGGGAAGUGAACCCAAAGAAUCUGAAGUAGCUAAAUGGUUCAGAAGCAACCAGCUGGACACCAAAUCAGGGAAAGUAGUGGUGAAGCCAGUCAGAGCAGGAUCAAGCAUUGGUGUUACAGUUGCUUAUGGCGUUGCCGAUGCAUUGAAGAAGGCAAAGGAUAUAAAAUUAGAGGGUAUUGACGAGCAAGUCAUAGUAGAAAUAUUUCUCGAAGGAGGAAGUGAAUUCACUGCCAUUAUCCUUGAUGUGGGCUCUGGAACUGAUUGUCAACCUGUUGUUCUAAUCCCAUCUGAGGUGGAGCUUCAUUUUAAUGAAGACGAUGCAAUCUUCAAUUACAGAAGGAAGUACCUUCCAACUCGACAGGUAGCUUAUCACACUCCCCCUCGUUUUCCCAUUGAGGUAACAAGAACUAUCCGUGAGGGAGCAUCUUGGCUUUUCAGACAACUUGGCCUUCGUGAUUUUGCUCGAAUUGAUGGUUGGUUUCUGCCAUCAUCCACAAACUCGUUCUUUGGCACAGCAGAUGGGAAGUUUGGAAGGUCUGAUAUGGGAACAGUACUGUUUACAGACAUUAAUCUGAUUAGUGGAAUGGAGCAGACAAGCUUCUUAUUUCAGCAAGCUUCAAAGGUUGGAUUCUCUCAUUCGAACAUCCUGAGGAGCAUCGUUCACCAUGCAUGCUCAAGGUUUCCCAAUCUUGAAUCAUAUGUCGAUAUUUCUAGUCAUUUGCCAAGAAGAUCAAAUUCCAAACUGCUCACUGAAGACUCGGACCAAAACAAAGGCAUUCGUAAAGUUUUUGUCAUUUUUGGAGGAAAUUCAUCAGAGCGUCAAGUGUCUGUAAUAAGUGGAACAAACGUUUGGCUUAACUUGCAAGGCUUUGAUGAUCUUGAAGUUAUUCCUUGCCUGCUUGCACCCUCAGAUGGGCGAUCUUCUAAUGCUGGAUCACGGACAGUUUGGUCAUUGCCUUAUUCUCUUGUCCUGAGACACACUGUAGAAGAAGUUCUUGAUGCUUGCACUGAAGCAACUGACCCAUCUAGGGCUUCAUUAACAUCUCAGUUGCGCAAGCAAGUGAUGGGUGAUUUGAUGGAAGGACUUGAGAAGCACCGCUGGUUUAAUGGGUUUGAUAUUACUGAUGAAAAACCUGUAAAGUUCUCUCUUCAGGAUUGGAUUAAGCAUGCCAAAGAAGUGCAAGCAACGGUAUUCCUUACAGUUCACGGAGACAUUGGUGAAGAUGGUACACUUCAAUCCUUGCUGCAAGCAGAAGGAGUUCCAUAUACAGGUCCUGGGAUACUGGCAUCAAAGAUUUGUAUGGAUAAAGUGGCUACAUCUUUGGCUGUUAGUCAUCUUUCCGAUGUUGGAGUUCUCACCAUAAACAAAGACGUGAGAACAAAAGAAGAAUUACUGAAGAAUCCCUCAUUGAAGAUUUGGAAUGAGCUGACCUCAAAGCUUCAGUGUGGAACAUUGUGUGUCAAACCAGCAAGAGAUGGAUGUUCAACUGGCGUGGCAAGAAUCCGUUGUUCUAAGGACCUUGCAGUUUAUGUAGCAGCAUUGGAAGAAUGUCUCCCACGGAUUCCACCCAACAGUUUUUCAAAGGCACACGGACCGAUUGAAAUGCCAAAUCCUCCUCCAAAGAAGUUGAUCUUUGAGCCAUUUAUCGAGACGGAUGAAAUCAUUGUCUCUUCUAAGUCCGCAGACGGGCUAUUGUGGGAAGGAGAGAGCCGAUGGGUGGAAAUAACAGUUGGUGUAGUGGGGAAACGUGGUUGCAUGCAGUCACUUUCUCCGAGCAUUACUGUCAAGGAAGGUGGUGAUAUUUUAUCACUGGAAGAGAAAUUUCAGGGUGGAACCGGCAUUAAUCUUACUCCUCCACCACCAUCGAUUGUCAGUGAGGAAGCAUUGGAGAAAUGUAAGCAGCGCAUUGAGCUGGUAGCAAACACACUAGAGUUGGAGGGGUUUUCCAGAAUUGAUGCCUUUCUUAACGUUGACAGUGGAGAGGUGUUGGUUAUAGAGGUGAACACUGUGCCUGGAAUGACUCCUUCCACUGUAUUGAUUCAUCAGGCAUUGGCAGAGCAGCCUCCGGUGUACCCUCAUCUGUUCUUCCGUAGGUUGCUCGAUUUGGCAUCCGAUAGAACCAUUUAGGUGCAUUCAAAUAGCUUCCUGGUGGACUUGGUUGGCCGACGGAUGGCAGAAGAGAAGGGACAUUCGUGCGUGCCUACUGUAGCCUAGUCGUGCGAUUUGUUGGAUGUUUGUUGCAUUUGGACCAUCGUGAUUUCCUGCAAUAAAGUGUUGUUCAUUUGUCAAAGCUUUCUUUUUUCUUUACCUCAUUAAGACCUACCUAUUUGAGAGUUUAUUGAUUGGUAGCAUUAGCAUUCAACAACAGAAAUGUUAAGUUACCAAUAUUUUUUGGUUGCCUAAAUAACAAGGGGAAAAAACGUUGAUGAGUGAGCAUGGGCUGGGCCGAGAUGUAUCCGGGUUGUGUCUUGCUAUCUGCUCAUCUGUGUCUUGCUAUCUGCUCAUCUGUCAAGUAUGGGUCUAAUUCAGAUUAAGAAAAGUUGGACUAGGCUUAUUGGAACUGAUCCCCAGAUUUGUUUAUUCGAGUUGAUUUGGCAGGCACCCAGGGUAAAACUGAAAGGCGCAAAAGAAAGAAAGUGACUCCUGGCAAUCAAGAGUCUAAAGCAAGAUCUAGAAGGUGUUAAAAUUUGAAUGAACUAUCGCUGACGAAACGGUCUGACCCUUGUUCUUCUCGACCCUCCAGCAUUGUGAAGAAACAGCCAAAAGGCUAGCCAUGGUCCUGGUCACGCCGCCGCCAGCAGCGACAUAUAUGUUUGACUGUUUUUCUUGGCUAUUUUCAUAGGUUUGAAAAUUACAGAGAGACGAGUUUCGAGAAGAGUAAUAUCAUUCUCCUUACCUCUCCGCGGGCAGAAGUAAUUAAAAUUGUUUUAUUUUUGGAAGAUAGGAGGGUGACGUGCUGCUGAAUAGCGAUACAAGUUCAAACGGCGGCAGCAGCUCAGACGGCAUCGGUCAGGUUAGAAGUUUUGAACUCCUGCCGUGCCUGCCACUUGGAGAGGCGAGAUCGGCUUGGGGCCAGCCAAAUUUGUUGCAUAUUGUGUUUCUUGACGCCGACCAAAGUAUCCGCCCCUUCCAAGUGCCAACCAACGACCUCUGCCACUCCAAGGUACUUGUUUUUUAGCUGUUGGGUUCCAUUUUUUGUUACGCCUUUCAAGCUUGGGUUCGGAAUUCAGCUUAAUGAUUCUCUUCUUUGGAUCAAAAUAUGCUUGUUUUGAAGUUCUUUGCUUUCUGGACCUAGGAUUAGCCAGACCUUCUCAACCCACCUUCUAGGUUUAGCUCGAGGAAGCGCCUGCUGCUCUAAUUCUGUGUUUGUACCGUUCAAACAUUUCCUCUCUAGAGAAGCAUAUCUUGAUUUCUGGUCUGGUAGUUGUCCAGAAUUUUAGGCUUUAUGCAGAAUAUUGUCCAUAAGUUUGGCCACCUGUCUUCAUUACGGAGUUCUUUGCGCUUGUUCAGAACAGAAUUGACUACUUGUACUUCUACUUGUACAUGGAUAUUCGGUUGUGCUAGCUUCAACCUGAAUUCAGUUCUACUGGAAACCAUUUAGCUAUUAUUUAUGUUCACUCUUGAGCUUGCUUUUGAUCCCUGAACCUAACACGUGUUGCGGUUGCUAUUCGGAACAAUAGGUCUUCGGACAGCUGAUGCUGGUUCCUGAGCCAUCAUCCAAGUCUGAAUUCCCUGCGAAAAUGGCAGAGAAGAUGACCCAUUUCAGCUUCAUUUAGUAUUCUUGGCCAUCACCAAAAGGCAAGUAGAAUUCCAUCACAUAGUCUAACCAGAACCACCUCCUGAUCGAAGCUUCUCCACCUUAAAUGGUGGCCCACGAUGAUGGAGAAGACUUGUGUGGAUUCGAGCAACAACCAUCAACAAAUCUGGCAGACAAUAACUCCAGCAGUCAAAUUGCUGCUGGUCUCGACAUAUCAACUUCCAGAAAAACACUUCUCAACGGGGCUGGCACCUCUUCCAGCACAGGAGAAGGCAAACUACGCAUAUUGAAAGCCGUCCCCAGCAGGCUAUAGAUACUGAAACUCUCUUCCCCUACUGGGUUAAGCUCUCCAUCCGCCAAAUUCAAGCAGAUCGUAGAGGGAAGAGACGAAAUGUCCCGUACAGUCCCUUCAUCAACCAAAUCGUUUGUUUGAAACCAUUUCACAACUCAAUCUACUUAUAAAAGGUUGGUGGGUGGUUGAUGCUCAAUGAGUAUGGGUGAGUCCAAUACAUUUAUGCCUAGUUAGUAAUAAUGGGCUUAAAAUUGUUGGUUUGUCCAAAGCCCAAGAGUUCGGUGUUUGUUGAACUCAAAAGUAAUAGUCGGAUGCUUGUUGAGCUUGUUUAGUUGGACUCGUUGAGCUUGAUUACGAGCUAUUGUCUAGCUGAUCUUGAGCUGAGCUCGAGUUGGCACUAUCUAAGCUCGAUCUCGACUUGAGCUAUGAUGUUUUAUGUCAAGAGCUGGCCUUAGCUCGUGAGUUGAGAUGGCUCAGAUAUAAUUUUAGUGUAUGACUAAUUUAAGUACAUGUAAUUGUUUUGCCAAAUGCAUAUUAUUUUAGUUACCAUGUUAGAAUAUGGUGGUUUAAUAGUUUAACAUGUAGUGAUUAAGAUAUUAUUUAUGGUAAAUUUUAUUAUGAGUUAUUUUAUCUCAAUAAAGUCACUCAAUUAUC